CCAGGCUGGUGGUACAAGGACUCAAGAGGGGAGCGUGUGUGAGCUGCUUAGCACAGUCCGCGCCUGCCUCCAGCACACGGCUUUACAGGCUCAUUGCUGUUCUGAGGAAGGCGGAGUGCUGAGCUAUCAGCCUUGCUUCAGCACUGGCAGUUUUAUGACCUUCCUCCUCCUGUGGGUAAGGACCGGAGAUGAAGGACUCUCAAACCCAAAGACAGAACUACCAUUUCUACUUUUCACAGAGAAAAAGCAAUCUGUACAAUCUUCCUGAAGUCAACUGAGACCGAAAGAGUCAUCCUUGACCUCUGAAGAGAGACCAAGAUUAGCAGGAGUUCAGAAUGCUCCUCAGGGAGGAACAGAGCUUGGCUUAUACUUUGGUAGUAAUUUGCUUGCUGACACCGAGGCUGUCAGCUGGUCAGAAGUGCCUCACCGAGAGUCUAGAGGAUGCUGUCAUCGACAUCCAGUCUUCUCUUUCAAAAGGGAUCCGAGGCAAUGAGCCGGUCCACACGGUAACUCAGGAAGACUGCAUCGGAGCCUGCUGCUCAACACACGACAUAGCAGGGGACAAACCAUGUAAUCUGAUGAUCUUCGACACCCGGAAGCCAGCCAGCCAGCCCAACUGCUACCUGUUUUUCUGUCCCAGUGAGGAAGCCUGCCCACUGAAGCCAGCAAAGGGACUUAUGAGCUACAGGCUCAUCAGAGAUUUUCCGUUGACCAGAGCUGCUUCACCACUCCAAAAGUUAACUCCAGAAGACUCUCCCUUACUUGACCCUACCUCGCCAGCACUCUCUCCCGGGGCCCCUCCCCCCAUGGGUUACCCAAAGCCCACCAGCCUGCUUUGGAGAGAUGUAUCUUCGCAGAGGUCCCCUGCCUCAGCUCACUCACAGAAGAAACUCAUCAAGAUUGAUGAAGCGAGCCCGCAGCUCCCUGUUUAUAAAGAAAAAGGCCAUUCCCAGAGUUUGCAGCUAACCUCAGAACUAAAAAUGGCUCCUCUGCUCCCUGAAAAUGCGACUAUCCCAUCUACCACCAUCUCUGUUGCUUCUCUCCACGAUGUCUCUGCCACUCUGAAGCCUGCACUUCUGUUGGCCACCGCUUCAGCGACACCUGUGACUUUACAGCAGAGGGUGGCCACCACAGCUCCACCUGUAACCACUGAGACCUGGAAGCCCCCCGCAACCCCUGUGUCUACAAGUGUUACCCACCAGGCAGCUCCAACUACUGCCUUUCAGGCACAUACGCACUCGAAAGGCAUCUUAGAAACAGUGCCCUUUCGAGGAGGCUCCAAGCUGACCUCAGACAUGGAGCAUGGGAAGAGCUCUGCGGUCCUUUCUUUGACAACCUCAGAGUCUUCGGAUAAAAGCAAGACUGCUUCCUGGGAGAAUGGGAGGGUCAGUGUAGGUAGUUCAUCACUGAGUAGAGUUCCAAAAGGCCAGCAUGGCCUUUCAUUUGAGAAGUGGCUUCUCAUUGGGACCCUGCUCUUUGGUGUCCUGUUCCUGGUAAUAGGCCUCGUCCUCUUGGGUAGGAUGCUGGCAGAAUCCCUCCAUAGGAAACGCUAUUCAAGACUCGACUACUUGAUCAAUGGGAUCUAUGUUGACAUUUAAAGACACAGUGGGCAUCUCUUAGUUCAUGUAAUAACUCAUUGCCAAAUGCACCCAUCUUCCUUCAGCCCAGCCCAUCUCAGUAGGAACUAUAGCUUGAAGGAUGCUUACACUACUUUUCUUCUUUUUCUUUCCAUUUUUGGGACAGGCUCAGGUAGCUCAGGCUGGUCUUGAACCCCUGUUUUUCCUGCCUUUCCCCCCAACCCCCAGUUCAGGGGUUACAGGUUUUCACUACCACGUCUGAAUUUUUAAUUAAAAAAAUUUUUUUGAAUUCUUUUGCAGCACUAGAGGUCAAAUUCAGGGCCUUCUGCACGCUAGGCAAGCACUCUACUCCUGAGCCACAUCCCAGCCCAACCACUUUCUUUUUGUUUGCUUGGCUUUUGGGGUUUUGUUUUUAAGAAGAGAAAGGAUAAAAGACACUAAGUUAUUUGAGUGACCUGUAUGUAAAACAGUAGCUGAAAAUAAUUCCUAGCUAAAAUAUUAAGUAUACUUGAGUAUAAACUAGAAACCUGCAUCUAAACAUAAGUUUAGGCCAUCUAAGUUACAAUUCGUUACUAUUUCUCAUUCCAGAUAAUGACAACUGUUUGAGACUAGUUUUAAUGGAUUCUCUUUCCUUUUUUAUAUGAAUUCCAAUAAAACUCAUUCCAGAUGUA